UGGGUGACAGAGCGUCCUAUUUGAGCGUUGUAAUCCCAGAAAACGUGUUCAGAUUUGACUUUUCUCUUACGUCUCUGACUCUUGGGUGUUUGUAAAAUGUCCGGGUUUCAUGAUAUUUCAGACAUCCAGCAGCUGGUGGUGAAAGAAGAAGAGGUUCCCACUGAGCAGCAUGAGAUCAGCUGGAGUCUGAACCAGGAGAAGCCACAAGAAUCAGCACACAUCAAAGAGGAACAGGACGAACAAUGGAUCUGUCAGGAGAGAGAGCAGCUUCAUGGAGCAGAGGGGUCUGAUAACAUGUCCACAUUCAUUCCGGUCCCUGUGAAGAGUGAAGAGGGGAAUGAAGAUGAACCUCAGUCCUUAAAACUUCAUGAAAUCCAAAAUGAAGAGCACAGAGACACAACGCCUUUAAAAACAGAAUCUGAUGGAGAGGACUGUGGAGGAUCAGGAGCAGUUAGUCAAUUACAGCCAGUCAGUCCUGACAAGACUUCAGAUCUUUCUGGAUCUGAGACUGAUGACAGUGCUGAUUGGGAGGAGAGUGAUGAAGCUCAAAAAGGUUUAAACUCAAAGCAAAACAAAGACAUAGCAGUAAGCGAUAUGAAAUGUAACACUGGAGACACAUCAGCUAGCUCCCCUGAUUGUGCUCCAAGCAUUGGACAGAUAAAACAACUUGAGGACGACAAAGGAACUUAUACAGGAGAGAAAUGUUUCAGCUGCUCUUUUUGUAAGAAAAGGUUUAUGAAGAAAGCAGAAAUGGUCAGGCACAUUAGGGUCCACACAGGAGAAAAACCAUUCAGUUGCUCCUUUUGUGGUAAAAGAUAUUCUCUGCGUGGAAACCUGAGGCAACACAUUCUUAUCCACACAGGAGAAAAACCAUUCAGUUGCUCAGUUUGCGGUAAAAGGUUCAAACAAAGAGGACAUCUCAAAAACCACUCUGUUGUCCACACAGGAGAAAAACCAUUUAGUUGUUCUCUUUGUGACAAAAGAUUUUCUCUAGUUGAAAAUCUGAAGCAACACUUAAUAAUCCACACAGGAGAGAAACGAUUCAGUUGUUCUGUUUGUGGUAAAAAAUUCACUCAAAGAGCACAUCUUAAAAACCACUCAGUUAUCCACACAGGAGAGAAACCCUUAAGUUGUUCAAUUUGUGAUAAAAGAUUUACCCAUAGAGGAGAUCUAAAAAGACACUUUAUUGUCCACACAGGAGAGAAACCCAUAAGUUGUUCAGUUUGUGGUAAAAGAUUCAUCCAAAAUGGAGAUCUAAAAAGACAUUCCACUGUCCACACAGGAGAGAAACCAUUCAGCUGCUCAGUUUGUGGUAAAUUAUUCAUCCAAAGAGGAGAUGUAAAAAGACACUCUAUUGUACACACAGGAGAGAAACCGUUUAGUUGCAGUGUUUGUGAAAGAAAAUUUACUAAGGCGAUGUAUCUCAAAAAUCACAAGUGUGUGGGUAAGACCAGCGACAAUGUUUAAACCUUAAGAUACUCGAAUUUAGCCUUUUGAGUGUGCAGGCUAAGUCCAACAUUUGUUGUUUGAAAUGUUAUGUUUCACAAAAAUAACAUGCAUUCUUAGUUAAUACAUUCUACACAUAUCUCAGUCCACUAAGGAGAGAAACCAUUUCAUUGCUGAUUUUUUUGUCAAAGAUUGAGAAGAAGUGGAUUUGUAGAAGACUGUCUUUCAUCCUCACACUUUACUGUUUUUCUUCUUAUAUUUGUUAUUGUUGUAUCUCUCGUAUUCAAACAGUGAGGCCAAUUUCUUUAUUUUUCGCUGUAGACUGAAACAUUUGGGUUUGACAUCAAGAGACAAGUCUGAGAAACAAGCUCAACAUUUCAGCUUUUAUUUUCAUCUGGAUCUGAUACACAACUUAAAGUGUAAGUGAACCCUCAGAGCUAACUCCACCCACCUCCGUAAUUCAAAAAAAUGCCCAGAAAGUGAGCAGUUUGGUUCUGAGAGGAGGGAGGGGAA